AACAUUGUAAAGUUUACUAAUUAAUAAAACAGGGCUGCUAGUAGUAGUAUUCGUGAGUUACAAAAUAUCAGCAAAAAUAUAAUUUAUUUUCUGGAUAUAUUUAACCGUGUAAGAAUUGUUUGUAACUUUUAAUUCUGCUAAAAUUCAUCAGAUAAAUUAGCAAUAAACUGUAAUAUUCAUUCAAUCUUGUGAUAUCAUCGUGGCAGGUCGCCGCGCAGUGAGCCGACAGAAGACAGCGGCCUCCCGGCCGUGCGUGCAGGAUGAGGCGGCGCGGGCCGUGGCGCCGGCUGGAGCUGGGGCCGUGCCCGACUGCCGUGCCCGCUCGCCCCAGCCCCCCGCGGGCACGGCUGCCCGGCUCCCCCGAGGCCGUGUGCGUGAUCUGCUUGGAGCGGGCGCGAGACAGGGCCUACCUCAACAACUGCCUGCACCAGUUCUGCUUCCCGUGCCUGCUGCAGUGGGCCGAGGUGAAACCCGUGUGCCCUCUGUGUCAACAGAAGUUUGAGUCUGCCCUGCACAACGUUCGCUCCGACAAUGAUUACGAUCUGCACGUGUUUAAUGUUGCAGAAGUAGAGAGAUCGCCAUUUAGAGACGAGCGGGAGCCCGCGCUGACUGCUGUCGCUGAGGCACACAGCGAAGCACAUGACACGGACACUUCGUACGUGCCCACCGCCAUCAUCAUGGUGGACUUCCGUCGCUACGUGUACGAGCACCGUCUGCCGGCUGUGCCGUUGUGCAACACCCGUGAGGCAGCCUGCACCCCGCAGUACUUCAGGUCGCGCCCGCAGGAGGCUCGGCUGCGCCUGAUCCCGUGGCUCAGCAGAGAGCUGGGCGUGGUGAUCGGCGUGGCUCAGGCGCGCCUGGCCGUCGCCAUCGAGCAGGUGCUGCAUGCCAGCCGCGAGUGGCACGUGCUGAGCCCGCAGUUCCGCGAGCGCGCGGUGUCCUUCACCGGCAGCAACGCUGAUCUCUUCUGCUGGGAGCUGCACAACUUCGCCACGUCGCACCUCUCCAUGGUGCAGUUCGACGACGAGGUGCGCUACGUGGUCCCGGGGCACCUGGAGGUCCCGCCCCACUUCCGGCAGUUCUGUGCCGCGGCCGGGACCACCAACCCCUUGCUGCCGGGGCUCUCCCCGGCGUCCUCCCGGAGCACGGACUCCGAGGACGACCGGGCAGGGGACCUGCACUUCCGGACGGCACGGCCCCGGGGUGGCGGCCGCUGGUCGUCGGACGGCUCGGAGAGCAGCUCCGACCACACCCACCUUCACACAGCGCAGCAUCGCGCAAGGAAACUCGGCAAGAGAAAAAAUUCACCUACGUUUCUGCACCGCAGAGCGUCUGAAAAGAAUCACUUGGCAGUGGCAGACGACAGCAAAAAUAUUGAAGUUGCAGGCGAUGCCAGCCGGAACACGGUCCAGCAGGAACCGUGCGAGGCGGCCACUGGCAGCCGUGCUGGUGGGGCAGGUGGCCCGGCUGGGAGAACCAGCGGCGAGGGCUGUUCGUCGGACGACGACGGGGCGGACACCCGUCUGUCCAGGUACAGGAAACGGUGCAUGUACGAGUCUCCGGUGUCGUACUACCUGGGGGGGUUCGUGCCCAUCCGCAGAGUGCACGGGGCUAGUCCCGUGAGCCCCGACACUUCCUGCUCCACCUCAGGCCGGGGUCUCGACCCUAGAAGAAGACUGUCAAGUGUUGUGGUAAAACCGGCAACCAGUUCCUGACACAGACCCAAUGCCAAGGUUCAAUUCAUGUGUGUGAUUAAGAUUAUUUUUCUAUGUUCACCAAGGAAGUGAGUUGUUUACCGUAUUUACUCGCAUAAUCGUCGCAGCAAUUUUACCAAAUUUUAUAUAUAAAAAAAAAAGUGGGGUGCAACCAUUAUGUGAGGAAAAAUAAAAAAAAAAAUUUUAAGUUAAUUUUUUUAGUAAAUCGCUUCAAAAUGCUAAAUUAAAGAAGUUAAUAUCUAGGUACAUGGUACCUUUAUGUAAUAUUUAUUUACAACACGCGCAAAAUAAACAAAACAACUUUUGGUUACAAGCAGUUUGGCAAAAUAAAAAUAUAGAAUAAACUCAAAAUUGCGAAAAAAUCAAUAAACAAAAUACAUUUCUAAAACACAUUCAGUCUGAACACACACCAAGUUUAUCUAUUCAUUGUCUGAACUAGAUUCUGAUGCAUCAGAUUCAUUUGCCGGGACGUCAACGUCAUCUUCGUCGCCGCUGUCGUCACUGUUCCGGCGCCAGAUCGUGUCGUCCUCCGUACCGUCUAGUGCACAUGAGUUGCCAGUCUUCUUGAAACUCUUCACGAUUAUCUCAUGAGUGAUGAGACCCUAACUUCGCAUUUUCCACUCGCAAACCAAGAGCAAUGAUGGUCGCUUCAGCUUAUUCCCUUUCUUCAGUUCUUGCGUCCCACUGGCCAUCCACUCCCCAUACAGGCGACGGAGAUGUCCCUUGAACGGCUUGUUCACGGAGACAUCUAGGGGUUGCAGCAUCGAUGUCAGGCCACCUGGGAUGGUAGCAAUAUCAGUCCUCGACUCUUGCAAACUUCGCUUCACUUCCUCAACCAAAUGAGCGCGGAAGCUGCCCCACUCCAACAAGGCCUUUUGUUUCAGGAGACCCCCUGGCCGGCGCUCCCACACAGUCUUUACCCAGUCCCUAACGAGCUCAGCGUCCAUCCAACCCUUUUCUUGAGCACGCACAUGUAUGCCCGUCGGCCGUCACUGCAAGCAUUACUGUGCAACUCAUCCUCUCAUUCCCAGUAGUGCGUAUAAUUAUGCUUGACUGCCCCUUCUCGUUGACUGUGGUGUUCUGCGGCAUGUCAAAAUAGACCGGCAUCUGAUCUGCAUUAGCUAUCUGCAAGAGGAGGCAGUCAUUUGUUUGCCGCAUCCGCAGAACUAAAUGCUGGAACUCGAACACUUUGUUGUCAAAGUCCUUCGGCAACUUCUGGCAAAGAUGUCCCCCGCCGGAGUGAAAAAUUUUCAUGUCGCAUAAAUCUCGUCGCCCACCCACGACUGGCCUUGAACUGGGCGUGCAGUAUGCCACGCGCACGUGCUUCGUCUCUACCCUUGCACUUGAUCAUUUCUAGAGAAUCACUGCACGCGCUGUUCCUUAACUCACGAAUGUACUCAGUCACUUGCGCAUCCACUUCAGGAAACUUCCCACGCUUAGGCACUUGGAAAGCUCGCCUGGAUGAAUUUGUGUUAUUCAAGUUGUCUUUUUGUUUUUCGCCAGUCACGAACAAGGUUUUCACUUACUGAAAAUUCUCUUUCCGCGGCCGGAUUUCCGUGCUGUUCUGCAAAUGUGAUUAUGCGCAACUUGAAAGCGGCAGUAUACGAAUUGUAUUUACCCAUAUUCUCACAAAAUGAACUUUCUCAAACUCUGCAAUUACCGGUACUUUCCACUCCAAUGAAAACGAGAUAAAACAAUGGCAUCACAGCAUCUUAUCUUCCACACACACUCCUUCCUCCCACACGGCCAAUUAGGACAUGCCGCUCAAGGUUGGACCAAUGAUAAGUGCCACACGCCACGUGAAAGCAGGCUGUUCCAUUGUGUUUACGGCUGUUCCGAUCGCGCCACACGCCACAUGAAAGCAGGCUGUUCCAUUGUGUUUACGGCUGUUCCAUUCGCGCCUCAGUUGCCGUCAAUAAAUUAGGGUGCGGCAAUUAUGCGAUGGCGACGAUUAUUCGAGUAAAUACAGUAUUUUGGUAAAGUCAAGUCUACAUAUUAGCUCCAAACCUCUUAAAGCCAUUUGUAAAUUUGCUUUAUUUAACAUAUGAUUUGUUGUGUACUUUGUAAUAAUUUAUAUGAUGUAUCAUAAUGAAGAAUGAAAUAUUUUAUCUGUAUAUAUUAUAA